AUGAUGAAUAGAGUGUUUCGCCCAAAUUUAGAUAGAUUUGUGAUUGUGUUCAUCGAUGAUAUUUUAGUAUACUCUCAUAAUCACGAUGAGCACACAGAGUAUCUCAAAAUCAUCUUGCAGACUCUACGUGAUGAGCAGUUGUAUGCUAAAUUCACAGAAGGAAUUUAUGUUGACCUGCAGAAAGCAGAGGCAGUGAAUGGGAAAGUUAUAGCGUAUGCUUCCAGGCAGUUGAAGAAAUAUGAACUGAAUUAUCCUACACAUGACUUAGAGCUAGCUGCGCUGAUAAAAGAUUACAACCGUAAGAUUGAUUAUCAUCCAGGGAAGGCUAAUGUAGCUGCUGAUGCUCUCAAUCGGAAAAUAUCGAGUCCUAUGACCCAGACUAGUGCAUUAUCAAUUACCAGUGGAGGAGCAUUGUUUGCCAACUUCCAAGUGAGGCCUACUUUGAUUGACGUAGUUAGAGAAACUCAAACUCAAGAUCCAGUGUUGAGCAAAUUGAAAGAAGAAGUUAGUAAAAGUAAGCAUACAGAUUAUACCAUUCGAGAUGACGAAGCUUUAGCUAUGGGAAACGGAUUAUGUAUUCCAGAUGAUUCGAAAUUGAAGGGAGAAAUUCUAGAAGAGGCACAUAGUUCAGCUUACGGAUGCAUUUUAGUAGUACAAAAAUAUAUCGUGUACUCAAAGAACACUAUUGAUUUUCUAUUUGGACUUCCAUGGACUCAUAGUGGACAUGAUGACAUAUGGAUUAUUGUAGACAGAUUGACGAAGAUUGCCAGAUUUUUGCCUAUAAAAGUUACCUACUCGUUAGAUAAAUUGACAAAAAUAUAUGUUGAUGAGAUAAUCAGUUUGUAUGGAGCACCAAUAUCUAUUGUUUCAAAUAGAGAUUCUCGUUUCACUUCUAAAUUUUGGCCCGGUUUGCAGAAAGCUAUGAGUACUAAACUUCAUUUCAGUACAGCUUUUCAUCCACAAACAAAUGAUCAGUCAGAAAGAACUAUUCAGACUUUGGAAGACAUGUUAUGA